CUGAUAUGCUUCAGAGUCAAAGAUAUAGAUUUAUUUAUCCAAAUAUUAGAAAAGGCCUCCACGCGCAGUCGUACGGAAUAGGUUUGUAGAAUUUAAUUCCGACUCAAGGCACUUCACAUCUCUCGAGUUUCCCCGACCAAGAAAAAUAGUAGCCUCGUUUGUCCUACUCCCUUUUUCUCCCCUCCAUUUAUUCGUCGUUCACUAUAUUUCCUUUUUCUCCCUCUUCGAAAUUCCUUUUCUUGCUUUACGAGCUAUUACCUUCCUUUUAUGAAUUUGUCACCUGUUGGAUCGUUUUUUUGACUUAGCAAUGCUUGUUUAGAUCGAGCUGUCACCGCCGAACGAGUUUCCACGUACACGCAUCCUCACCCAACCUACUCUCAAGAAUCAUAACAGACGCCCUUCCUCCUGGGUACAUAAAGGAAAAAGGAAGAAAGGAGAAAGAAAGAAACACCCGCAAUCGUAGACAGAGAUGUCCUCAGGGAGUUCCUCCACAGAAGCGCACACCAACGGCAGUUCUGCAACGAGUCCACCCUCUACCCUCAGCGGCAAAGGCCGAACCAUCCCUCCGAAAGUCACCCAGGAAGAUGCCAGCGUUGAACUCAAGACAAUGAACUCAGAGCGUGGACCGGUCAAAGGAUCAAUCCCACUUGGUGAAGAUAUCAUGCAGAUUGCCCGAAUAGGGGAGGUCUCUGCCAUGCAAAGAUUAUUCGACGAGAAGAAGUUCAGCGCCAAUCAUAAGGAUGAGGAAGGGAUCACUCCAUUACACUGGGCUGCGAUCAACAACCAAUAUGCCAUGUGCAAGUUCUUACUAGACUCUGGUGCCGAUGUCAACGCUAAAGGAGGAGAAUCGAUAGCUACGCCGGCAAUGUGGGCAGCUCAGCGGUGUCACUAUUAUAUUGUUCACCUUCUGCUACAACGCGGUGCCGAUCCUCUUCUUACUGAUGUCCAAGGCUACAAUAUCCUUCACUUGGCCACUAUUGACGGAAACGCCUUCUUACUGGUGCUGCUCUUACACCAAGAGAUUCCAGUGGACGUCAUCGACCAACAGGGACACACGGGACUGAUGUGGGCCGCUUACAAGGGAUAUCCGGCCUGUGUGGAUUUGUUUUUACGAUGGGGUGCCAAUGCAAACGCGGUCGAUGACAGCGGGCUAACUCCCCUUCAUUGGGCCCUCGUUAAGGGAUCCUUGCCUUGUGUUCUAAAGAUGAUCGAGUAUGGUGCAGAUAAGUUUGCGAAGACCCGAGACGGCAAAACGCCGGCCGUCGUGGCCGGGGAGAUGAAUACCACGCGUGUGUGGUACCGUGCUUUGGAUGAAUGUGGUUAUGACUUCGAUGGGAAUACGAAGGUUAGUUCGUUUGGGUUAACAUCUUGGAUACGAAACAAGAGCUUGAUGUCCAAAUUCUUUUUCCUUUGGCCUUUCGCCAUUGUUUUUGCGGCUGUGUGGAUCCUAAGCAAUAUGGUCGUCUACGCUGCUAUUCCUGUGAUGCUGGUAACCGUGUUUGGCCUACAAUGGGUUGCGCAGAAGGCUGCCAGCCAAGGUCCAACCGAAUACAGGGUUCUCCAGAAGACGCCGUAUCUAUCCGGUGUCUUUGCAGGCACUCUGUUCUGGGUGGGCUUCAGAUACGUCUUUAAUGUCCUACCAGUGACGUAUUCCACCUCUCCAAUCUUGAACGUGCUUUUUACCAUAUUCUUCUCCCUCACAAGCUAUUUUUAUAUUUACGCGAUGACCGAAGACCCCGGGUUUGUUCCAAAACUUGGCAGUAGAAACCAGCAGAGGGCAGUAAUUACGGAGCUCUUUGAACAGUGGAAAUUUGAUGAAGAAAAUUUCUGCGUUUAUUGCAUGGUCCGAAAACCCUUGCGAAGCAAGCAUUGCAAGCGUUGUGCGCGCUGCGUUGCAAAACAUGAUCACCAUUGUCCCUGGAUUGACAAUUGUGUCGGGGCAAAUAAUUUGCGCCAUUUCGUUCUGUAUAUUACUUGCUUGGAGGUUGGCAUUAUCUUGUUUGUGCAGCUGACGUUGAAUUAUAUCCACAGCUUGCCAGCGCCCGCGCAGCCCCAGUGUAAUAUUAUCAAUGAAGCCCUAUGUGACUUUGUGCUUCGUGAUACGUUUACCCUUGUUCUCGAUCUGUGGGUAUGCAUUCAGCUGGUCUGGGUCACCAUGCUUGUUGCCGUUCAGAUGAUCCAAAUCUCUCGGAAUCAGACGACAUAUGAGAACAUGAGAGGUCAUUCAAUUGACCGAAGCUAUCCAAGCUCGCGGGCUUUUGCUUCUGCCGUAACUGCUGGGACAACCUCCCUUGAUGCAGCUGGCCUAUCAUCCUCUGGCCAAGGUCCGAAUCCCGCCCUUGCGCGGAUUUCUCCUCGCCAUCGGAAACAUGGCUGCUUGCAGCAAUGGUCAUCUCUUCUUGGAAUCGAUACGUUCUUUGCUACUGCCCGAGAUGGGUUGCGAGAUAGUCCGCGUGCCGCCCGACCCAAGAACCCGUUUUCGCGGGGCGUUGUCACCAAUUGUCGGGAUUUCUGGUGUGACCCGGCCCCCUACUUUGGGAAGCGAGAACCGGGUGCGGGUAUGCUUGGUGGUGAGGUGAUCAACUAUAACCGCAUGUAUGAAAGUCCUUCACGGAUGCAUAGCGGUGGUGGGUAUCGGAGUCUGGCAGAUGAAGACCCUGAACAGGGUGUCUAAGCAUGUCUCCGUUGCUUAGUGGCCAGAUCCUCCUUAGCAUGUGUUCCUGUGGGCCGUUAUAUAACCACCACGUUCUGCAAACGCAAAUAUAAUGAUGUCGGACGACGCCGAACUGAUACGCCUAAUUGUAUCAAAUGUUCAUGCAUGGUGUACCUCUUUAUUUCUUUGCUGCUUUCCUUGUAUUAUGUUGUGCAUAACCAUAUCAUGCCGUACUUACUGUUAGAGUCUCUGCUGGUCAUUUCCAGCUCAUGUCAAAUCUGUACUUGUUCAGAGUAAAUACCAAUGGACCUGUUGUGAUUUAGUCGCAAA